AUGCCUACAGAAUACGGUGACGAAACAGUGGCUGAGAUCGAGUGGCUCCCGUCGAAACAAGAAUACAUUGCCAACCUACGCCCAGUCGCACCUCCAGCGGACGAGCCAACUUGUGCUAUAUGUCGUGGUGAGUGGGAGUAUCCGGCCCAAGAAGUCGUCGAGCCAAGCUCUCACUGCUCUCGACAUCCUCUUCACAAAGACUGUCUUCUCAUAACCUUUGCAACGCAAGACGGAGAGGAAGUCAGCAACCUAUGUCCAUUUUGCCGUCGUGAGCUCUUCGAGAAGAUCCCACAGCCGCAUGUGGAGCCCCCGAAUAACUCGGACAAUAUCUACCAUCAAACUGCUCAACUCUACGACGGCCUUGUAGCACUUAAUAGCCAGAUUGAAUACAACGACGACGAAACCAAAGAUUCACAGCUGCUGUAUCCUUCUGGCCCGACUAUUGAGGACGCACUGCAGGAAGACGGUUUCUGGUCUGCUCUUCCCCGUUUCUUGGACGAAUGGUACCACCGCAAUGCAUCUCAGAUUAUCGAGCAGAUAAGAGGCUAUACUAAACCAUUGUCGACCGUGGAUGUGGGUCGCGCUGUGAUUGCUACGCUCUUUGGCCAUGGCGAGCCACCGUCUCGCAAGAUUACACGUCUCACAGACGAAGGUCGCGCAGCUAUUACUGCGCUCUUUACGCACGAAACCAGCAACUCAGAGUUAUGUCUGAAGACUACAGAGCUACUAGAUCACCAACAAGGCGAAAUCGUGAUGCAAUGUAUCCGCGCCGCCCUCAUAUACUACGACCAGUCUGCCUUCCCUCAAUACGUCGGAUAUCUGCAGCGCGAAACACGAUGGCUUGUUGCCUACCAUGUCCUUACUUCUCUACUGACAGCACACAGACGCGCUGAUAAAGACUUCUGGUAUCGAGGAUCUGGCUUCGCCCGCUGGCUACAGUUGGUCCGCUUCCGCAAGAUGCUGCACCGAGAAAUCACCCAAUGGGCAUCACCGACCUUCUUCGCCAAACUACUUCCACUCGAGGCAAACUUCCAUUACGGUCCGCUCAUCGGUGCUACCGAGGGGUUUAGCGAGCAUGACUUAUUGGAGAUACAGUAUUUCCGGCCCAACGAUGCGGAGCCAUAUCACAUUCGUACCAGACCCAUCGAUCGUGAUUACGAAAUGAUCAUUGUGAAUGGCUCCUCGGUAUAUCCUUUAGAUCCCAAUCUCAAGAACGGCACUAUCUUUCAAUUCCUAAAGGACGGAGCCUUGACGAUUCGGGAACUCAGUCAUGCCUUCCUUUAUAACGUUUCCUGUAACCAUGAAGAAGGCUUUUUCGAUUUCAUUCAUGAGAGUGGGGGUAUUUUGAGGAUCACGCGUAGGGUUAUGCAGUAG